AUGGAUAAAUCGAACGAAAACACAAAGAAAUUGGAGACUAAGCUCAAAAUCAAUGGACAGGAAGUUUGGUUUCUCAUCGACACAGGAGCGAGUGUCAACAUUCUGGAUGAAAAGUCGUUUGACAGAAUUAAUGCCACAGGGAAACCAGUCACGAUCACGAAGUCAAACACCAAAAUCUUUGCCUACGGAUCAAAAGCACCACUCCAGCUGUUAGGUACUUUCGAAGAAACUGUUGAAACAAGUAAAAAGAUUUCUCUUGCACGAUUUCACGUUGCAAGGAACGUAAAAGGGAAUUUGCUCAGUUCUCAAACGGCUCAAGAUUUGCACCUUAUCAAGAUAAACAUACACAGCGUGCAACUAGAAACAAAAACAGCCACACAAACACAUUCAGCCCAGCCCACUGUAAAUUCACCAAGUUACGUCAAUCACUUGUUGAAGCAGCACAAGAAGGUUUUUAAAGGCGUCGGAAAUUUGAAAAACUUUGAAGUUAAGCUACACACAAAUCCUGCAAUCAAACCAGUCAUCCAAGCACAACGUCGUAUCCCUUUCCAUAUACAAAAGAAAGUCGAGGAAGAACUAAAGCGACUCGAGGAAGAUGACAUAAUCGAAAAAGUGGAAGGAGCCACACAAUGGGUAAGUCCUUUGGUAAUUACCCCGAAGAAGAACAGCGAAGAAAUAAGAAUUUACGUGGACAUGCGUUUACCCAACACCUCAAUUUUACGCACAAGACACCCUAUGCCAACGACAGAUGAACUGAUUGCUGAUUUAAACGGUGCGUGUCAUUUUUCUAAACUUGAUUUGAAACAAGGAUACCAUCAGCUGACACUGGCAGAAGAGUUAGCAGCAGAGAGAAAUCUAACAACAUUCACAACACACAAGGGACUCAGGAGAUACAAAAGACUUUGUUUUGGUGUAAACUCAGCAGCAGAAAUUUUCCAAAACACCAUUUCUCAGACUAUUCAAGAUAUCAGCAAUGCCAAAAAUAUGUCUGAUGAUGUAAUUAUCUGGGGGAAAACCCUUGAGGAGCACAAUACUGCAUUAGAAAAAGUAUUGCAACGAUUCGAGGAAAAGGGAAUUACUCUCAAUGAAGGGAAAUGCCGUUUCAACAAAACACGUCUUCAAUUCUACGGCCUAGUCUUCAGCAAGGAAGGAGUUAGCCCUGACCCAAGUCUUGUACAAGAUUUUGUCAAUACACAACCACCAAAGAAUGUUAGUGAAGUCCGUAGUCUACUAUGA